AUGUCUUGCCGUUCCUUCCAGAUGGGCUCCAGGUGUGGUGGCCGGAGUUUCAGCUCUUGCUCUGCUGUCAUCCCUAGGACAGUGACUUACUCGUCUAUGAGUAAGGGGCCAUGCAAGGUAGGGGGCACAGGGACUCUCCGAUGGAUGGGCUGCUUCGGCUCCAGAAGCCUAUGCAAUGUAGGCUAUGGGAAACCCCGAAUUGCCUCCAGGUGCAGCUUGCCCAGCUUUGGCUACCGGGUUGGGGCAGCCUGUGGACCUCCCCCCUGCAUCACUCCAGUCACCGUCAAUGAGAGCCUACUGAUCCCUCUGGAAUUGGAUCUAGACCCCAGUGUCCAGCAGGUGAAGAGGAAUGAGAAGGAACAGAUCAAGUGUCUCAACAAUCGAUUUGCUUCGUUCAUCAAUAAGGUGCGCUUUCUAGAGCAGCAGAACAAGCUUUUGGAGACCAAAUGGAACUUUCUACAGCAGCAGAAAUGUUGCAAGGCCAACAUUGAACCCAUAUUUGACACCUACAUCAACACCCUUCAGAAGCAGCUGGACUGCGUGGCAGGGGACCGAGUGAGGCUGGAGACAGAGCUCAAUGGUUUGCAGAAUGUGCUGGAGGGCUACAAGAGAAAAUACGAGGAAGAACUAUCCCUGCGACCCUGUGCUGAGAAUGAAUUUGUGGCUUUAAAAAAGGAUGUAGACACAGCCUUUCUGAUGAAAGCUGACCUGGAGACCAAUGUUGAAGCUCUGGUUCAGGAGGUCAACUUCCUGAGAAACUUGUAUGAGGAGGAGAUCUGCUUGCUCCAGUCUCAGAUCUCUGAGACAUCAGUCAUUGUGAAGAUGGACAACAGCCGGGCUUUGGAUGUGGAAGGCAUCAUUGCUGAGAUUAAGGCUCAAUAUGAUGACAUUGCCAGCCGGAGCAAGGCUGAGGCUGAAGCCUGGUACCAAUGCCGGUAUGAAGAGCUAAGAUUGACAGCUGGAAACCACUGUGAAAGCCUGCGGAACAGCAAGAAUGAGAUCCUGGAAAUGAAUCGACUAAUCCAAAGACUACAGCAAGAAAUCGAGAAUGCUAAAGCCCAGCGCUGCAAACUCGAAAAUGCCAUAGCUGAGGCUGAGCAGCAGGGAGAGUCUGCCCUCAAUGAUGCCAAGUGCAAGCUGGCAGGGCUGGAGGAAGCCUUGCAGAAGGCCAAGCAGGACAUGGCAUGUCUGCUGAAGGAGUACCAACAGGUGAUGAACUCCAAGUUGGGGCUGGACAUUGAGAUUGCUACCUACAGGAGGCUGCUAGAGGGAGAGGAACAUAGGUUAUGUGAAGGUGUAGGACCUGUGAAUAUAUCUGUCAGCAGUUCUAAAGGUGCCAUCUUGUAUGAACCCUGCAUGGUGAGCACACCCAUGCUAAGUGGCAUUCGGAGCAGUGGGGGCUGCAGCUCAGGCACUGUGGGGAGCAGCAUUGUGGUGGGCACUGGUGACCUCUAUGUUCCCUGUGCGCCUCAGGGUGGGUUCAGUUGUGGGAGCGGGCGGGGCUCAAGCAUCAAGCUUGUGUCUAGUGGCUCAACUGGCCACAAAUGCUAA